AUGUAUUCUGAGCAGCCUAUAUACGAUUCUGAUUCUGUUACGUCUUAUAAUUCAUCUGCAUCCUCACCUUCAGUCGAUGGAGUCAUCUUCACAGAAAAUGUACAAGAAUGGUUUCAGCUUGACCAAUCAUUUAACCAAGAGGUUCCAAGUGAUAUAAACGUGUAUCCACAUGAACAGUAUUGGCAAGUAGAUUCAAAUGGACAGGCAACAUCAUCGAAUUAUACGUAUAUUUUUGACACAUUGCCUGCUUAUAAUGGAAACGGACAAUCAAAAGCCUCUGUGGACAAAUCCGGAAAAUCCAAGAGACGUCGUACUCAAACUGCGUACCAGAGAAAAGCUGCAAACGUUCGCGAGAGAAGAAGAAUGGGUACCAUGAACACAGCGUUUGACGAGUUAAGACAACGUUUACCGGCUUUUGAAUACGAAAAAAAAUUAUCACGUAUAGAAACACUGAAACUAGCUAUGACUUAUAUCUCUUUCAUGAAGGACCUUUCAGAAGGAAGUGAUCCAAACAACAUAAGUUUAUGUCAAUAUCAGGACUUUAAAGAUAAAGUGCUACAAAAUAUGAACGAAGAAGACAAAUAA